AUGGGGGUGCGGUCGAGGAACCGCCGGGUCAGCAUGUUGAGUGUGGGGAGGAAGAACUUCCGCAAGGUAGAGUGCAUCGUGCGUUCGAUGACCACAGAAAGGCUAGCGGCGGCGAGGGUCGAGUUGGAGAGCUCGGGUAAGACGACCGAUGGUGACGUGAAGGAGCUUCUCAGGAGCCUCUCGCUUUACGGCCACCGGCAGCCCAUGUCGAGAGAGGUCCGUCUCAAUAUGCGGCGGAAAAUCCAGUCGCUCAUCGUCGGCUAUGGCGUGCCGGCCAUCUGGUUCACCAUCAACCCGAACGACAUUACGAACCCGGUGAAGCUGCGACUGGCGGCAUACCGCACACGCGAUCCCGACGCGGCCGAGGAGUUCUUAGAAGGCCUUGGGGAUGCGUAUAAGCGGGCGCGGCUGGCGAUAUCGGAUCCCAUGAGCUCGGCCGUGUUCUUCCACCGCGAGAUGAAGCUGUUCUUCGAUCAUUACGUGAAGGUCGGUGAAGAGUCGGUAUUCGGGCGCAUCGGCAAGUACUAUGGCGCCGUGGAGACGAACGAACGAGGGGCGCUUCAUGUUCACGGCUUGCUCUGGCUGCACGGGAACGCGCAUCUCAGCUCGAUGCUUGCCGACAUCCACGGGGAGGAUCAGGCGGCGUAUCGCGAGCGAAUCGUCCGAUACAUCGAUAGCGUCUUCUCAGAGGAUCUGGACCAGGAAAGUUUUUGCGCCGUGCAAGCGGAGCGAUCUGUGACGGGCGGUAUUGGUUUCCUGCUGGACAACGCCGCGCAGUUCUCGGCCGCGUUUAUCGAGGAGGCCAACUUCUGUGCCGGCGCGACGCAGGUGCACACGCAUAGCCCGACCUGUGUGAAGUAUUCCUUGGGCAAAGGAGGGCGGAAAAGGGAUCUCUGCCGGUUCAAGGCGCCAUGGAGGUUAGUCGACAAGACCGCCCUCACGGCAGACGGGGUGCUGCAGAUCCGGAGGACACACAGCAUGGUCAAUCGAUGGAACGAGGCUAUUGCUGUCGGGCUCCGGCACAACCAUGAUAUUUCCUUCAUUGCGACGCAGCGCAAGACCAUGGCCCUCAUCUAUUAUGUCACGAACUACGCGACCAAGGUGGAGGACCCGGUGUGGAAGCGUGUGGCGGCCGCGGCCGAGCUCCUGGCCGCCUCAACAGGUGAUGGCACGGCCAACGGAGGGCGGGACGGUGGCGGAGACGCUGCCACCGAUGACCCUGUCAGGGAACAGGACGCGACAGUCGAGGUCGUCGCUCACCUUCUCGGAUAUCCGGCCGAGUUCACCGACAGCAGCGCGUGGACGUACCUGAACUGUUCUCUGCUGUACUGGGAAGUCUUUCGGCGAUGGCGGCAUCUCCGAGAAGCCAGUGGCGCUGCGGCUAUGGAUGACACCUUGGAUGAGUCGGUGCUCAGGCGGCCGGGCAAGCACGCUACCGUCUGCCUCGACGGCUACCUGAGCAAGGACUUCACCUACGAUGACGAGUCGUGCUACCGGAGGGCAGCCGUGCAGCAUCUUGCGCUGUUCGUGCCGUGGGAGUCCUUCCUGGGCGAAGGAACAGGUGAGAUCAACAGCAUCUGGGCGCGGGCUCGAGACGCUCUGGCCCCGAGAAUAUCAUGUCUCGUCGACAACGUGCAGCUGCUUCGACGAUCCGCCGAAGACGCAAAACGCGACGCCAAGCAAUGGGCAGCCUCGUCCGGCGAUGGCGACCCGACGGUCGCACACGUCGAGGAGGGUGGAGCAGGCGAGGCGGGCGCGGAGUCUGCAGCGACAUAUCAGCCCAACAGCAUCGGAGACGCAACGCGGCUCAUCGACGUCGUCCGAGGUGCAGUGGGAGCGAAUCAGGUGACGGCCAAGUCGCCGGAGCUCAUGGCAAUGAUACAGCAGCUCUGUCGGUUUCAGCAAUCGGCGCUGCGCUCGACGGCCGAGCUCGAGGCCACGGCGCUGAUCGAACGAGGGAGAGGCGUCCAUCGCUUUUCUGAUAAUAUGCCGCCAGCUCGAUUUGAUGCAGCAGACCGACGGGGCGAUGCCUGCCAGCUGCGCCAGUUCGUCGGUGGCGAGGGCGGUACCGGCAAGUCGCGAAUCAUCGAGGCACUCGUCGAGCUGUUCAGUAAAAAGAGCCUUUCGAAUCGUCUGCUGAUCACGGCGACGUCGGGGACUGCGGCGGCGCGGAUCAACGGCAUCACGAUCCACUCCGCCUGCGGGUUCACCAAAGACCAAGGGGCGGGGGGCGCGAACAUGGUCAAAGACCUUGACGGGGUGCGGCUGCCGAAACAGGCGGAGCGGUUCAUCCACGGCCAGUCUCGAAUGGAUUGGCAGGAGAAGGAUGUGCUCGUCAUCGACGAGGUGAGCAUGCUCGGGGCGCGGACGCUGCACGCCGUGAACGAGCGGCUUCGCCGGCUUCGCGGAUCGCGGCAAGAUUUCGGGGGGAUCCCCAUCGUCCUCUUCUGCGGAGAUUUUCAGCAGUUCCGGCCGGUCCAAGAGAGGUCGAUCGUCCUGCCUAGCGCGGCCAUCUCGUGGGACGUAGACAACUCGUUCAAGGCCGAGCAGCGUCACCAGCACGACAAAGCGCACGCACUGUGGAAGAGGUUCACGACGGUCGUCAUGCUGGACGAGCAGAUGCGCGCCGCCGGCGACCCGGAGCUGCAGAGGCUGCUGAAGCGGAUCCGUCUAGGCGUGCAGGAUCGCACGGAUCUAAACCUCCUCAACUCAAGGAAUCGGUGGAACCUGAACAUGGAGGCGAGCCUGGCGUUCCGGGUCCAGCAGCGGUCGACGAUGCGCAUUUUCAUCUCCGAGCACAAGUGGAAGGAGGAGCUGCCGACGGAGGAAGAGGCGAUCAUGAUACUCAACCAGGGCGACGAUAGCGCGAUCCCGGUGCCGGCCGUCUUCAUGUUCGUGGCCGGGAUGCCCAUCGUCGUGAACCACAACACCCACCAGGGGCUGAAGCUAGUGAACGGCGCGAGCUACUCGGCGGUGGAGGUCAUUGUCGACAAGGCGUACCCGGGCAUCGGAUCUCGGCCGAUAUGA